UCUGACAUCAUGUGAAGGAUGAAGAGAAGGAGGGGUGGAGUCUAUUCAGUCACCUGACAUCACCAUGGACAGGUACUUCAACAGCACCUGGAGAACGUACAGCCAGGAGACUCUUCCGUCACUUUCCAAUACCACCCUCCACGUCGAGCACCACAACAGCUUCCACAACACCCUACUAGGAUUCUUCCUGGGCUUCCUGUCGCUGCUCACCGUCAUCAUGAACAUCCUGGUACUCUACGCUGUGAAGAAGGAGCGGACCCUCCACACGGUGGGCAACCUCUACAUCGUCAGCCUCUCCGUGGCGGAUCUCAUCGUCGGGGCCACCGUGAUGCCCCUCAACCUGGUCUAUCUGCUGGAGGAUGAGUGGAGGCUGGGGAGGGUCGUCUGUCAGUUCUGGCUCAUCAUGGAUUAUGUAGCAAGUACAGCCUCCAUCUUUAGUCUGUUUAUACUUUGUCUGGAUCGGUAUCGGUCCGUUCACGAGCCGCUGAGGUACCUGAAGUACCGGACUAGAGGGAGAGCUAGCGUUAUGAUCUCUGGGGCCUGGCUGUUGUCCAUGACAUGGAUUAUUCCUAUUCUAGGGUGGAGGUCCUUCGCUCAGGUCGACCUCAAACCAGAGAUGGAGAAUAAGUGUGACACUGAUUUCCGGUUUGUUACGUGGUUUAAGGUUUUAACUUCAGUGUUUAACUUCUACGUUCCCUCUCUGUUGAUGCUGUGGUUCUACUCACGUAUCUACAGGGCUGUGAGGCAGCACUUCAGAGAGAGGGAGAGGAUUAUCAAUCCCACAGAUUCCGUGGCGGAAAACAGGAUCAGACACAAAGUCCAAACAGGAAAUAGCCCCUGCGAGUCUUCCAAGAAGGAAAGAAACUCUGACUUUGAUCAGUACACUUUAGACCAGCCGUACGACUCCACAGAUACAGUUGAAACCAACGCACCCAGGGAACCCAAGUCUGGGAAAGACUCUCGUUCCAGUUCACUGCUCAGAAUGACAAAACGUUUGAGGACGACUGUAAAAGACAACUCUUCGUCUUUCCAGCAGAAGGAUCCGGACUCGGACCCUUUGAACCUGUCAUCGUUACCUCUCGGCUUCACACACGACGACAACAACGUACAGAAACUCUACGUAUCCGUGAGCGACUGCAAGGUAGCCGUGCCGCCAAACUCUGUGGCCGGCGUCUGCGAGAUAACCCAGAUUUCUGACAUGCAGAGAUACACCACCAUGUUGUACAACAACGAUUUCACCCAGUCUCUGAAUUUAUCCCCGUCACCAUGGCCCCAUAAUUCACCCCCGUCGCCCCCGCCCCAGGAGGACUCAGAGACUGGUGAUGGUACUAGCCCGGACGCCGUGACUCUUAAGCAGACCUGGCAGAAGUUCUGUGCCCAGUCCAGGCAGUGUAUCCAGAGCCUUCAGGUCCAUAAGCAGCACAAAGCGGCCAAGCAGCUGGGCUUUAUCAUAGCUGGGUUCAUGAUGUGCUGGAUCCCCUACUUCAUAGUCUUUAUGGUCAUGGCUUUCUGCCAGACCUGUGUACAUCAUGACCUACAUAUGUUCACAAUAUGGCUCGGUUAUAUUAACUCUACCUUGAACCCGUUCAUAUACCCACUCUGCAAUGAGAAUUUCAAACGGGUGUUUAAAACUAUCCUACACAUUCAUUAGUAAUGAAAGGUUUUCUGAACAAUGCAUUGAGUGGCGUUUCAAUGUAUUUUCUUGUGCUGCUUUAACUUGUAAUGUGUGCUUGAAUGUUUUGAGUGACCUCAAUAUGGUACCUUAAAUUUGUAUCAUUUUGUAAAUAUAAUGCUUAUUUAUUGUCCGCCUAAAUAUGUUUGUACACUAUCAGACCAUAACACCAUCCUUCCGACUCUACAAGAAGUGCCAUAAGGUCAUUGACCAUAACACCAUCCUUCCUAUUCUGUGAAAAGACAGAAAGCAUUGCAGCUCUGUAAAUAUUGAUUAUUCAUUCAAAUAACUCUGCAGAAGGAGAAUAACUCUGCAGAAGAAGAAGAACUCUGCAGAAGAAGAAGAACUCUG